CGCUUGCUCUCCCCACUCGCUCGCCCUCUCCUCCCUCUUCCCCUCCUUGGAUCCGCCUCUCGCCCGAGCGCCAUCGCCGCCUCUCACCUCGCCCCACCGCGACCACUGAGCUCACCAGCCGCGCUGCCGUGUCCAUCACGUUGGCCGUCGUCCGCUUACCCGACCACCCACGCGGGCCGGGAGCCACCGGAGCGCCCGCAGCGCCACUGUCUUCCUCCUCGGUCCGCCGCACGCUGUCGAGGAUCCCGGCCACCUCGAGCCUCCCCCGCGCCCGCUUUGCUCGCCUACAGAACCGCGAUGACGGAUCCCAGGAGCCAGAUGCCACCACCGAUAACUACUACUACCCCGAGGGUGCCUACUACUACGUGGAGGCCGUCGCCGACCAGGAGUAGUUAGGAGGCUCCCAGAUAAGAGGUCUUGCCUUUUCAAUCGUUGUUGAUGUUUGUGCUAGCCUUCUUAAGGUGGACUUGUUUACCUUAUGUCUGUACUCAGAUAUUGUUACUUCCGCUGACUCGUUUGUAUUAGAGCUUAUGUAUUCGAACCCUCGAGGCCCCUGACUUGUAAUAUAAAGUUUUUAUGACUUUAAUUUGUGUUUAGAGUUGUGUUGUGAUAUUUUCCCGUGAGUAUGUGAUCUUAAUCGUGCGCAUUUGCGUGUAUGAUUAGUGCACGAUUAAGUCGAUGCAUCACACUCUCCUAACAAAUAAGAAAGGUACAUGUAAAUUUGGGUGACUGGGACAAUGACAAGUACAUCAAAUUUCGGUGGAUUUUGCAACAAGUUACAAAAAGGUAUCGAGCUCUAAAAAAACAAACACCUUAGACCUGAACAUGACAGCACAACAGAGAUCAUUCAUGCGUGUGUGUGCAGUAAUUCCAGAAAAAAUAAUUAAAAAAGGCAAAAUAGUAAGUCAUCCCAGUUAAUCACAGUACAAAAAUCGUGGGAACAAAAUAAGAACACGGCAGGGAAUUUGGGGCUGCAUCAAUUCCAGAUCGGUUCCGGGACGGUGACCCAUACAUUUCUCCGUGUCUGUUCAAGAAUCGGAGGGGUUAAGUGUCGAUGCCGACGGCUCUAUUUAAUCACAACCGCGGCCGUGCGUCGGCAACAUCUACUCGCUACUCGAUUCGUCGCGCGGGUGGGGAGGUAGCUCACUCAUGGCCAGGACCGCGAUGGGUCGCCGCCGUCGGCCGCAGGCGUCCCGCUGCGACGACCGGAUCAGCGCCGUCCCCGACGAUCUCCUCCUUUCGGUCCUGCGCCGCCUCGACAUCCGGACGGCGCUCGGCACCGCGGCCCUCUCCAGGCGCUGGGCCCGCCUCAACCGUGAGCUCCCAGUCCUCAACUUCAGUGUCGAGGGCAUGCUCCCGCCGCGCUACCACCGAUGGGUCCAGCUCCGCCGCGGCAUCGGGGGAGCUAUUUUUUUCCAGUACGAAAGGCACGCAAUGACACGGGAGCUCAUGCCCAACAUCACAAGGUACGAGCGCCGCGCCAUGCGCGCCCUGACCAGGUCCGUCGAGAGCUUCUUGGGCACCGUCGCUCGCCGGAGGAGGGUCAGCAGGCUCAGGAUGGAGUUCUUCGUCGCCCCACAACACCGGCUGCCUGAACCAGCUCGUCGCGGAGGCCAUCGACGGUUGGGGGCUGGACGACCUCGAAGCUGUUGCUAAGCCAAUCUACAAUCAACCAGGAGCAGUCCACAGCUUUGGCAGAUUAAGCUUACUUUUAGAAGGAAUUUUUCAGAGAGCAUGAUGGAGGACUGGCUCCAACUAGUGGAAAUUGUCCACAGUCUAGUGCUUUUUGAUGAGCCUGAUGCUUUAAUUUGGCAAUAUGAAAGUUAUGGGAAAUACUCCAGCAGCUCUCUCUACCACAUAAUUAACUUUAGAGGGGUCAAACCUAUUUACAUCCCUGCUGUCUGGAAGUUACAUGUCCCCCCUAAAAUUCAUGCUUUUCUAUGGUUGGUUUCUCAUAACAAAAUCAUGACUAGAGACAAUCUCAGAAAAAGGCAGAUCAUUAAACCUUUGUAUUGUGUUUUUUGCUCUAAAGAUGAAACUGUUCAUCA